AAAAUUAAAUCCCUACGAUACAGAAUGUACCAUAAACGUGGUUACUGUUUAUUGAUUACUGUCGCUGUUAUAAAACAUCGUGUGUUUUCUAGCUCUAAUGGUGUUGUUGCUAGUUCUGCACCCUAAGAAUAGUUUUUUAGUAAUUUAUGUAGUUACUACCGUCUGUGCGCCAAAAUAGUUUGUCAUUUAAAGAUUGAAUUCUUCGUGGAACUAUGUCGGAGUUGAAGUAAAGCUGAGUCAGCACAAUGAGCAUACCCUCUAUAGCUGACCAAGAGGACAUCAUUAAAGAAUCACUCUUUCAGUUUGUAAGCAAACACAGCCCAAGUGCUCAGCUAAGUUCAAUUGAUGAAAUCGUUCUCAGCUAUGUUGUCAGAAUUUUAGAAGGACUGGGCUCUGAAGAAAGUGUAGAAGAUGCAUUUGAUGUACAGGACUUUUGUGAAAUGUUGUCAGCAUACUUUCCAGAAUUCUCAACAAUACACCAUGCUGCAGUUUGUCAAUGGAUGUUUGAACUUGAAGCAAUGUUAACUAAGAAGAAGUGCAAAGAUGAUGACUGCAACGUAGAAAACAAAUCUUCAAUAGAUAUACCAGUAUUACCAUUAACUGCAUUAUCUUCAGGAUUCCCAAAGAAUGAUUGCAGCAAUGACAUAUUAGACAAGCGUGUUCAUAAAUUAUCUGAGAAUAGCGAUGGAAGCUCAGAUGGGGGUUCAGAUUUCUUCUUAAGUCAUGAGGAUCCGUUUACAGAAUCACAGAUAAACCUUUUACAAGAAAUGUUUCCCGGGUCUUGUACAGUUGAAGUUCAUCACUGCUUGGCUAUUGCCGAAGGUGAUGUCGGCCGAGCAGCUCAGCUGGUGCUGCAUCGCCAAGAGGCAGGCCAAAGUCUCAAAUCAAAUGCUUCUGUCUUACAGCAUUCACUGCCUCGUCAGAAAGCAGUUGUUGAUGAUCAAGAACUGAAAUCUCGCAUUAUUGCUCGAUAUAGCUAUGUGGAUAAAGACGAUGAUGUAAGGGAACACCGUCCUGUUGGCCCAAAAUCUGAACCCAAGAAGCUUGUUAGAUAUCGAGACAACAAAAUUGUUAGUCUUAAAGGGGAAAGAUUUACAGAGGUGAAAAAAGAAGAAGAUGACGAGCUGAAAAAGACGUACGUGAGCAUUAAGCCAGCAAGGCAAUAUCGCUUCCAUUGAUGGCUGUGAACAUAUUUAUUUCACAAAUCUACGAAGUUUAUAAUUUAGCACCACUCUUCAUAGAGUUGCUGCUGGGGAUGAAGCUCAAGAUGGAGAUUGCACGGCAGAUGGAUUGUAUUGCCGUUUUUUUUGUUUAACCUAGUGAUGUGCACAGUCAGCAGAAUAGGAUAACCUCUAUGGUAAUAAAUCAGAUUGAUUUUGUGGUUGUUUACUUAAGCACUGGGAAAUAAGAGAACAUAGUGAAAGUUCCUGUUGUGUGAUUUUUGGUUGAUAUUUUUAAAUUGACAGAUGUCAAAAUCAAUUUAAUUGGUUUCAUUAUUUGCUUUCUCCUAGAGAAAUGUUAUUUGUAGAGUAGUCUAAUAUAAAUCAGGUUAAGUUACAGCCAUGCAAAAAUGACAAAAGUGAGACAGAUGCAUUGAUUUCAGUAUGUGGCUGUUUACACAUACAUGCAUCUUGGGCAAUAUGUGUUUAUAAUAGUUAUUUUUUUCUACAUAUUGAAUUUUUUUGGUGCCAUAUUGGGCAAACACACACUUGUUUUAGAGAUGUGUAAUGAAAUAAUAUGACUGAGUUAAUUCAGUUAAACCUUUUCAAGAGCAUUAGUUACUUGAAAAUUACCACAUUCCUUGUGAUCAUUAGGAUCCCAUUUAUUUGUGUGCAUUUUAUAAGAUGUAAAAGUGUGUAAAUACGUUUUGUAUUAAAACGUUUUGCAUGAAUUUAUUAGCGGAAUAUUAAAUUUUGUUUAGAAAUUUGAUGAUGUUAAGAUACACAAAUUACCUAAUUGUUAUGAUUCGAGUGUACAUGGUGGUUCAUGUUUUUCACUUUCUUUGUUUUUAGUUUUACAUUUCUGAAGAUGGCACAAAAGAUUUUUUUUGUGUAGUUUGUAUUUUAUGUUUUUCCAUUAAUAUUUGUAAUAAUUGAAGGAUCAAUUAUAUGAAAUUUUUUAUUUCUUUAGUACCAUUUAAAUAGUAUUUUGUAUGAUUAAGUUAUUAUUUAUAUUACAAAGUUUUAACUCAUGUUUUUUUUGCUUUACAACGAACAGAUUUCAAGAAAAUUUGAAUAUCUGUAUUGUCGAAUCAACACGAGUUGUGUAGAUCUCAUAUACUUUAUUAUAAGAAAGUCUUCAUAAAAGCAAAACUUUUACUAAUGUGCAUUUUUUGUUUACACGUGACUUGCCAAAAUGUUUAGUACCCAACAAGAUUUAUGUUAAAUCAGCUCAUUUUAUGAAAGAUUUUUUAAAAUUGCUCAUUUUCCAUGAUGGUCUUCAAAAUUUCUUUCAUGAAAAAUUUUUGUAUACAAUUUAAGUCCUAAUUAUUAUGAUAGUUAUCCUGAAAAGCUGCAGAAUUGGCAGGGAACUACUUCACAUGCACUUUAAUUCGGAAUAUGUCACAAAAUAAAACAGUUAAAAGAAAUUUAAUUGGUUAAAAAUUUUUGUUUUGCAGCACUCUUUUUGUAUUUAUAUUGUAAUUAGUUAUUGUCACUCACUGGCAUUAAAAAUAGCUGAUGUUGCUAAUGAUUUCCUAAAGUAUAAUUAGUUAUUAUUGUCACUCACAGGCUAUAAAGUAAUAAAAUACAUAUUUUGUUUAUCUCGUUAGUUCUAAAUUUAUAGACAUGUUGCAUCUGGCUUAGUAAUGAACUACCCAUUUAUAAAAUCAUUGAUUGUAUCAAAUUUUGUUGGUAUCAUAAUACCAAAGUGUUCUGGAAAACAUGGGAGAUUAUGGAAAGCAGGGCAAAAGAUAAACUUUAUUUUUCAGUGGCCAGUGUUUUGCACUGGUGCAUUAUUUAGCUCUUCAUGCCAUCUAAGAUGUUAAAGACGUUGUUGGAAAUGUUCUUAGCUGGAGCUUCUCAGAUUUAACAUGCAGGGAGUGUUGCUCAUUCAUUAGAAAAAGAGGUGGUGAAACAGAAAAAAAAAUUACUGUGAGUUUUUACCUUGAACUUUAGUUCUAAAAGGUUUGUUUAGUGCUGGUUGAUCACAUACCCCUCCUAUUUUGAGCAGUGUUACUGUCUUGCAACAGCUGCAGAAGCCAUUAAUUACAUCAGUUUUGCAAUGCAUGGGAUAGCCUAGUAGACAAUUUUUUAUUAACCUGGAGUUUUGAAACCAGGCAUUUGUAUUCGUGCAUUUUUUUUUUAAUUUUUAUAUUUUUUAGUAUCAUAUUAGUUCUCUGUGAAAUUUUAUAUGACAUUCUGUUAAUAUGAAAAUGUCGGAGCGUUAAAAUCAAGUCAUGUGCAGUGCUAUAUGAUGAACGGUGGCGCAUUUGAAGUUAAAGUAGUGUGAAUGUUCCAGUGAAAUUUUGUGAAUGGUAGUUUUGCUGUCGCAGGUAAUUGUACUAAAAUAAUCAAAUUCAUUGGAGAACGAACUGUACACAAAGUUAUGCACUAUUUGUUUUUUUAUAUACUAUAUACAAUUGUGAAUCAUUAUUAAAGAAGAAUUUGUUUUGUAACUUUUUUUUUAAUAAUAACCAAAAUGAAAUGCACGUGUUUUACAAACUAUUCAACUUGUUCCUUGUAUAUGAACAGAUCAGUGUAUCAGUAUUUUGUUUCAUAAGCAAAUAAUAAACAAGAAAACACUUUUCUUGUGGUCAGAAAAGAAAUAUUGUGUUUCAUUUUAACAUUUCCUGUUUAAAUAUCUUUAAUCUUUAUGGAGAGGGUGUAUGUAAAUGUGGAAGACAUUAAAAAAUAAAAUAUUGUUUUUUUAGAGAACUAAGACAUUAGAAUUGGUAUGUGGUAUUAUUUCAACACUUAAAAAAAUCUUAAUUACAGUGAUGAUGCAGCAACUUUUACUGUGGCAGGCCUACCAACCAUUUAGUAUAAAAAAGAGGGAGUUUUUUCCAUCGCCAAUUUCUGUCAACACCAAAGAUUAAUUAAGUAACAUAAGCAAAGUUGCUUACAGAAAGUUUUAAUUUGGCUGACAAUUACUUCGGUUUAGGGCCACAGACUGACCUAAGUGAAAUUUACAAUUGAACUAUCCUCUUUUUGGUUAAUUUUCUAGUGGUAAUCAAACUUCAAUAAAGAUAAAAAGUUUGACAUUUGAUUUUACAAAUCUCGUCAUGACAUUUUUUAACAAUUCUAUAAGAAUUCAGCAAAGUGUUUGAAUCUGUGGUUUUAACCACAUUUGGCUUUUCAAAUAUUGGCAAUGUACACUGAAGGAACAAACAAAAUGAUUUAUUUAGCUUGCAUGUUAGGAACAUUAAUAAUCUAAUCUCUCUUCUCUUGAAAGCUUACAGGAACUAUUUCCACCUUUUUGUGUAGGUUGUAACUUUGGUAUUUUUUGAUUCUGGAACUGGUGAUUCUGAACUUCGUUUCAGCUAGAACAUUUCACCAAAGUUUUAAUAUCAGAAGAGACAGCUUUGGACAUCUUUGGUAUCUUGAACGAAUCUAAUGUUUCCGACUUUCUGAUGUUUAAACUUCACUUCAAAAUUAAAAUAACUACCCAGAGGAUCUCAACAUUGCUGCAUUCUUGACAAGUUUGAAAAGAAUUUUCAUUUCAGAGUCAUGCAAUACCUGAAAUUCAUUUAGCUUAACUUUACUUUUUUGAACUUUCUCUCAAGAUGGCUAUAAUUUUGCCUUGCAAAUAUGUAUGCUUGCCUUUUGAAAAUUAUUUUUAUAAAUUAGUAACUUCUCAUGUUGUGGUAAACAGUAAGAACAUUACCCGAUAUGUUUGGGUAGAGUUGAAACUGGCCGUGAUGCUUGUUCCACUGUUGCACAUAAUCAACUUGUUUUACUGUUAAACAGCAAGAAAAUUAAGCAUCAAUUAAAGAAACUUGGUCAUAUUUUAAAUGGUAAGCAUUCUACAGUGAAAUGCUGCAUAAUUCACAUGUUGGCAUUAUGUAUCGCAAGUGUUCAUACAAAUACUGAUGAACAUCCAAGUCCAGCCUGCAACUCUGCAUGUUGUGCUGCUGCACACAUUUAGUUACAGUUCUUAUUGUUAAAUGAGACAGAGCUCUGUGUUUCAGGAACGAAUUAGGGUGUUGCUUCGAGGGGCUGGUGUAGCUACUUUAUUUUUCAUUUAUUACAGCUGGAUAUCAAUACAAUUUAGUUAAGAAUAUUAUAUCUGUAUCAUUAUGUGAAAAAUAUGUCGCACAAUCCAGACAGUACUUAUUACAGUAAAACAUCUGUAUAGUGAACCUCAUAAUUUUUGAUAAUGUUACUACAAAGUACUUUACUUCAGGGCUAAAAUCCAAAACUUUAUAAUAAGUUUUAGUUGUUUUAGUUAAGUGAUUUUUUUUAAAUAUUUGAAUGGACAUAAUAUUGAAUGUCAAUUAUUUAUCUUGAUUUUCACUGCUUUUUUAAUAUUAUUAACAUAUCAAGCUUCCUACUAAAGCAUGUGGACAGAAUAAACAUGGUAUCAAACUUCUUAGUGGAUUUUUUUGCUAAUUGUGAAUAUUCUGCAGCAUUCAUUUGCAUUGGACUUGCUUUCCCAGCAUUGAGCAAUUGCUUUGUCUACCUGGCAGAAGAAAGAAACAAGCUGAUCUGGAAGCCCGCAACCUCCACGAAGGUCAUCUUUAUCAGUGGCUGUCAAACAAGAGUUGAAAAAUGCUGUCUUGAGAAAAAAUACGGCCUUGAUUAUGCUACUCUUGUCAUCUAGACAGAGAAUGUUGUGGCAGUGAAUCUGAAAUUAAAAUUUCAGCAACAGCAAUAUGAAGGUAAAUUGUUAGACUGAACUAGACAAGGUUGCAGGGUCAAAUUUGUGUUCAAAAGAUGAAAUUUCACAUUAAUAUCUUUAAAUGUGAUACAAACAUUUGGGUUUGAAUCCCUGUAAAAGCAAUUUCAGCAUUGCCUGUGAUUUCACAUUUUAGAAUCAUCAUUAGUGAGUUUAGCAUGAUGACUUGUUUCAUGAGAAAAAAAUAUGGGUGCGUGUACUUAUGUAAGCACAUGAGAAGUUAUACUUCUUUGGCAUCAUUAAAAAAUAGUUUUUAAUUGUAUGCAAAUAAUUAAUUACAUUAAAAUAAUAAAAGGGCUGGAAAAAGAUAAUCAAGUCAAUAAAGUUCAGUUUAAUAAUUUAAUAAUAUUUAGUAUUAAUUAUAUUAAAUAAUAAUCUUUUAAUUUAUAUUGUUACGAUGGCGCUUGGCUGUAGUGCUUGGCGUCGCCGCGCUCGUUCGGCCUGUCUGCGCCCCCUUCCACCCGCAUCCUCUCCCUGGUAUCUCGUGUCAUACUAUCACGCGACAUCCUGACCGUUGCAGCGUGCACCUGCCUCAGAUCGAGUUACUUAAAGAGGCCGCACUGCGGCAUAAAGGGACUCAGACAUGUUUAUCAACGCGUUUUGUGGGAGCUCGAUGCUUGUUGCGUUUAUCAGCGUUCUUUGAGCAUCCGCCGCGUCCUUCGACAGGACUCACGACGCGUGUCUGGGCAUUUCGACGGCGAAGGUCGCGCAAUAUCUCGGAGACAUGCCCGAUUGUUCUGGACGGGAACCCAAGGGCUAUAUAAGGAGGUAGGGCCGACCUUCGAGUCAGUCUGAGUGGGGAGUUCUCCCGCGGCGGAGUUUCCGGGCGAUAGUGCCGUGGGUGCGGCAGAGUGGCGAAGUCCCUGGACGAAGGUUCCAGGGCAGGGAGUGAGUGAGUUCAGUGGAGUCGGGAGGUUCCGGGCGAUAGAGUCGCGGGCGCGGCGGAGUCCCGAGUGAAGUUGCGAGCGAGUCAUCGUGUGGGAUCUCGGCGAAGGGUGUGACGGCGGCGGCGGAGACCCACAAGGGGUGCUGCGGCGAGAGUUGCGCCGGAAGUGUGACCCAGUGAGGUGUGUGAAACGAGUGACUGGGGAAUUGACAUAUCUUUACCUGUAAUUAAUUAUCUGCCAAUUUGGAAGAUUAUUUGUAAGUAACAAGUAGUGGUAAUAAAUAAAACUGUGUGUGUGAUAAAAAUCUUUAAUUGGGCUAUCCUUUACGAACCCCCCGGAAAAUCGUAACAAUAUCAAGAAAUAAUACAUGCGGAUAGUUAACCUCAAUUAUAUUGGAGCACUUGAAAAAGUAUAUAAGUACUAGUUUUUUUACUAAUAUUUACGAAUAGUAAAUAAUAUUAAUAAAAAUAUUCUAUUUAAAUCACUACUGAAUAUAAUUUAUUAGCACAUAUAUAAUUCACACUUGUAUGAAACUAAAACACGUGUUGUGAAUGUAGAAACUAGAAACAUGUGGAUAAAUAUUAUAAAUAUGAAAACAGUGAUCAGAGGCGAUGAGCGUGCCAACAUGUGCUAUUAAUAGAGGUUAUAUUUCUAUUUUGUUGGUAGCUUUUUUUUUGAGACUUAAUGAGCAGUUAAUUUUGUGUUACAGUGAUGCGCGCGCAUCUUAAA